ACCAAAUAUUUGUAAGUCACUUAACUUAUCCAGCAACAAUCUAAUGUUCUUAGAUGCAAAAAACCUGCUUCUUGGUAAUUGUACAGGUGAGUACACAAAUUCUUUACAGCACUUGAACCUUACAAAUAAUAAUAGUUUAGUUCAAAAGAAUCAAACCAUGAUUUUCAAGAAUCUUACAAAUAGUUAAUAAUCAUAUUAGUUAGUUUACAACUAACAAGAAUCAACAACUAGUGGCUGAGUGCUUUUAGUACACAACCUCAAAGAUUAGUCAUUAGUGUGAUUACAACAACAGGGGCACCGAGAAGGCGUGGCAUUUGGUUCUAAUACCAUUUCACGUCUUUACAGUUCAUGGGUCAUGAAAGACGUGGGCAGAGGACCGUCAAAAACCACGUCUUGGACAUAUAUGUAAUUCACAUCAUCUGAAAGAAACUCCAAUCCAUUGUGAUUAUACAGUAGAAAGAGAGAGACUACUACAAGUGAGGUAUAGGAGAUCAAAUGAAACCCGAUAGCUUUGUGGCCCAAUAACCGUUAUCAGCAAUCACAGUGGAGGAAUUUUGACGGCAGUAUAUUCCUAUCAGAUGAGUGCUCAGAAUCUGGUGGCAGCCGUUAGAUUGGAAGCCAUAAAUUCAGCCGGCGGUGCAACUCCUCCACCUAACCAUAACCCUUCACCAAUUUCGACAGCUAGGCCUCUGCUUUCAGUUUCAAAGCCAUCUUGGAUAGUCAGAACUGAGUCAAAUGUGUGGAGAGAACAAAGAAAGAAGCCAGAUCCACCUUGCGUAGUGUGUAGAGGGAGCGGCAGAGUUAGUUGCCAUAAUUGCCAUGGGAUAGGGAGGACAAAUUUCACACAUCUUACAAUACUUCCUAAAGGAGCAUGGCCAAAAUGGUGCAGGGACUGUGGUGGGAGUGGCCUUAGCUACUGCUCCCGUUGUCUUGGAACUGGGGAGUACAGGUAUAUUAUGGGAUUUCACUUCAUGAAAAUGAAAAGUGAUGAAUCCGAAGAUAUUACAAGACAUCAAGGUCAAAGAAAACCAAGAAGACGAAGUCCAGAAGAUUUACUUCAAAGAGAUGAAAUAGAUUCAACUUAAGUGAAAUUGAUGACCGUCUGCUUUGCAAUUUGAGUACAAAUAGUGAAGCGCUGCUGUUGUUCAAGUGUGGCUGCAGUUGCCGUUGAGAGGGAAAUGGUAGCUGUGGAUAUCCUUAAAGGUGAUAAUGCUACACAUAUUGUCCUUUCAGGCUUUUUUGAAGAACUUUUUCUUUGUAGGUUUCCAUGUUAGUUUGGGGAUGGCUGCUGAGAACCAUACCUGAUCUUGUAAAUUAGUUUUUGGUGUCAAUGCUAAGAUAUCAUACUCCUUCAGUAUAA